CUAAAUCGUUCUAAAUACGCCCUGUAGGGUGCGGUAGUGGGUGGACCGUGUACCAUUAAGAUAAUGGGUGCGUCGGUUGCCUCCUCUGUGCCCCUUGGAUAGCAACUCUUCAACUGGGCAGGUGACACCACGGUACCAUAUCGAAUCGUUUGUUGGGAGGAGUACAGCCUGCUUUGAUUGUGAUGGCGUGGGGUUUUUUUAUAGUACGAAUGUCCUCAAAUUAACCCUUGAAGUUCUGAAGGGAGGUAUUUUUGCGUGCAUUUUGGUCCUCUUUCAUGAAGAGUUAAGUAAGUAAGCACAUUUUCCAUUUUCAAUUCUAGAGGUUUGAAACAGACCUUGAAAGGUGAAACACACACGUCUCGAUGGUUUACAUUUUUUCCCACUAGAGGGCCACUGUUGGUUCAAAAUCUAACGUGCUUCCGUGCUUAUCAACAUUCUUGAAGCAAAAUCUAACGUGUUGCCCUUAUCAUUUUUGAAGUAAAAUGCUAACUUUUUUUAUUUAUUACAGGCAAACUCAACUUGCUAUACAAAGCCACACCAAGGGUUACCACGAACCAACGAGCCGUAGAAUGAUGCUGGAAAAUGAGAGUGAAAAUUCGCAUUCGCUACCUCACACACCGCACAGGCAAGGGAAAGAAGACAUCACCCGUCCGCCACCGUCCAUUACGCGUUUGUCGCACUGACGGCUGACUGACCAUACGGAUCGACACCGAGUGACACACACACAUACGCACCCACCCACCCACCCACUAGGUUAGGUUGCGCAUUUUGGUGGGCUGGAAAAACGUUACACCCGCGUCGUCAGUUGUGAUUUGCAUGCGCAGACGAGCGAAUGUGUGGUGAAAAACCGGUCCACAAACGGAUGGGCUAAGAGUGCUCUUGCUGAAUUGAAGUUAAUUUGGUCGGAAGUGAAGUUAGAAAAAGUGUUUUGUGGUAGAAGUGAACUUUUUUUUCGCUAGUGAAUGUGAUUAGAGUUUUUUUUAUAUAGAACGAUAAAAUAUGCGGAACAGGAAAAGCUGCUUUAGUAUGAUGAUGAGGGCUAACAACUACUGUUGGUCCGUUAGGAGUAGGACUUUGUUCUGUGCGGUGCUGUGCUUUACGUGGCUUAGCAAUGCACACACCAUCGAGGAAAGCGAAACGUCCGGCAGCAAUACCGUGGCCCGCUCGCUCCCCAUCACCUACGACGAGCUACCCUCCCCCUCAGCCGAAACGACAUCCGCCGGCCAGAAACAGCAAUCGAAAGCCCUCUACCGGGUCAGCUGUCCCGGGCUGACCGAGUGCGUACCGCUUGCCGAAUGUCCCGAGCUGCUGCUAGAGAUCUCGCGCCAAUGCUAUCGGGGUGAUUUUUCACUUUCCUGCGGUAUGAACGAGUACGAGCCGCACGUUUGCUGUCCGCGCGUUGUGACGUCGCCCACCUUCAAUGAUCAGCGGGCACCGGCGGCCUGUGGGAAGAGCAUCGUGCAGGGCGACUUUUACAACGGGCUCGGGGCGUACCCGUUCGUCGCUCGGAUCGGAUUCAAAAAUACCAAAACCGGGACGUUUAUCUUCCCCUGCUCCGGCUCCAUCAUUGCGCGCCAGAUCGUUCUUACGUCGGCCCACUGUGCCCUGGCCAAGGCGGAAAGUCACCGGCUCUCAUCGGUGCGGGUGGGCGACUACGAUACGCGCACCGAUCCGGAUUGCGGAAGUACCGGAUUCUGUGCACCGGUAGCGAUCAACCACGCCGUCAGCCAGAUCAUUGUCCAUCCGGACUACAUCGAGGGCCAGUACCAUCAUGACAUUGCGCUGCUAAUACUCCGCACGCCCAUCAACUACACCGUCGCUGCGCAACCGAUAUGUCUUCAUGCGCGCAAGCAGGACCUGACCGUUGGCCGCCGGGUACAGAUCAUUGGCUGGGGCAAGCUGUCGACCAGUGCCGCCAAAUCGCCGGAACUGCAAAGCCUCGAGGUGCCGCUCACGUCGUGGGACAAGUGCGUACGGGCGUACGCCUCAACCGGUGCGCUCCAGUCGCCCCAAUCGAUCGAUGGCGAGUGGAUGUGUGCGGGCGGGGAGGGACGGGAUGCUUGCCAUGGGUUCGGUGGGGCACCGCUGAUCAUACGGGACCAGGGCCGGUACGCCCAGAUCGGCAUUAUGUCGUUCGGGGCGGAAACGUGCGGCGCACUGAACAUGCCGAGCGUGUACACCUCGAUCGCACACUACGCGCCGUGGAUUGAGGCGAACUCACCGAAGGUGUUUGUGUGAUGGGAGGGGCGGAUGGGAGAGUUGAAGGAGCUUUUACUUUGUAAAUACUGUCGGUUUUGAAACUGUUUGUUUGUUUGUGUUGUGUUGUGUUGGUGUGCACGAGAGAAAUGGAAAAUAAAGAGCAAAUGCGUAUUUUAACAAC